GAAAGAGGUGAUCCAGGCGCUGCCCAAACUCAUCAAACUCAACCCCAUCGUGGUCAAGGAGGUCUUCAACCGCCUGCUGGGGACACAGCACGGUGACGGCGCCUCGGCCGUGUCCCCGCUGAACCCCGGGGAGCUCCUGAUCGCCCUGCACAACAUCGACUCCUCCAAGUGUGACAUGAAAUCCAUCAUCAAAGCCACCAACCUGUGCUUCGCGGAGCGGAACGUGUACACGUCCGAGGUGCUGGCCGUGGUGAUGCAGCAGCUGAUGGAGCAGAGCCCGCUGCCCAUGCUGCUGAUGCGCACGGUCAUCCAGGCCCUGACCAUGUACCCGCGCCUGGGCGGCUUCGUCAUGAACAUCCUGUCCCGCCUCAUCAUGAAACAGGUGUGGAAGUACCCCAAGGUGUGGGAGGGCUUCAUCAAGUGCUGCCAGCGCACCAAGCCCCAGUCCUUCCAGGUGGUUCUGCAGCUGCCCCCGCCCCAGCUCGCCGCCGUCUUCGACAAGUGCCCGGAGCUGCGCGAGCCCCUGCUGAGCCACGUGCGCGCCCUCACCCCCCACCAGCAAGCGCACAUCCCCCUGUCCACCAUGGCCAUCCUGGAGGCCACCACGCGCCACGAGCCCGAGGGGACACCUGGAGAGGAGAAGCCCCCGAAGCCCCCCCGGAGCGAGGAGGACCCCAAGGCCAAGGGGGGUGCCCCGGGGGGGGGUCCCGGCGCGGGGUCCCCUCCCCCCGAGGGCCCCCCGGAGCUGGGGGGGGCGGAGCUGGAGCCCCCCUCGAUCUUCAUCAGCGUGGCCGAGGAUGAGGAGAGCUCGGGGGGGGGAGGGGACGCGUCCCCCCCCGACGCCGCCCUGGAGCCCCCCAAGGACCCCCCCGCGGGCGCGGAGCCCCCCCAGCCCGAGGCCCCCCCCGGCAGCCCCCCCUCGUCGGAGCCGCCCCCCCCCGGCACGCAGAGCCCCGAGGGGCCCCCGGGGGGGCCGGGGGGGGUCCCCGAGGGUCCCUGCCAGGGCUGAGGGGGGCGGGGCAGCCCCCCGAGACCCCCCCCCGGGCCUGGGGGUGUCAAUAAAGGCCUGGGAGGAAA